CGGACGAUGCCCCCCGGCCGCUGAAGUUGGGGACAGCGACAGGGACGGACGGCGCAGGGGACAGAUGGCGACAGCGGGCAAGGGCAGCAAGGCGAAGGGGACAGGAGUGCGCUUCGCCCCCGAGGGGACCCAGGGCCACCCCCAGGAGGGGACACAGGGCCACCACCCCCAGGAGGGGACCCACGGCCACGUCCACUUCCAGGAGCAGCUGCACGAUUCGGCCGUGAUGGUGACACAGGACAAGGACGGCCACUUCCUGGUCAAGGUGGGAUUCCUGAAGAUCCUCCACAAGUAUGAGAUCACCUUCCUGCUGCCCCCCGUGCCCAGGCUGGGGAAGGACAUUUGUCCCCUCCCUGUCCCCAACCCCAACCUGCGCGUCAUCAGCGUCACCUCCCUGCCAGAAGGGCACAGCGUGCGCUGCGAGUACACGGCGCACAAGGAGGGCGUGCUGAAGGAGGAGCUGCUCCUGGCCAGCCACAGCCCCGGCCACAUCAAGGUCACCGUGCAGGCCCGGGUCAUGGACCGUCACCACGGGACGCCGAUGCUCCUGGACGGGGUGCGCUGCGUGGGAGCCGAGCUGGAAUACGACUCCGAGCACAGCGACUGGCAUGGCUUCGACUGACCCCAAAACCCCCCACCCCGGGGGUCCCCAAAGUCCCCAAAGCACAGGACGGUCCCCAAAGCGAGCGGGGGGACCCCGCUUGUCGCUGCUGCCGCUGCUUCGCCCUCACCCCGCAGCCCCAGUGGGGGGUUUUGGGGGAAUUGUGCCUCUUGGGGUGGGAGUUUUUCCUCUUGUCUGGGGUGGGGGAGGAAUUUUGCCUGUGGAAUGUGGGGUGGGAGCAGGGAGUCCCCCCCGUGGCUCUGGGGUUGGGGCCACGUCCUCCAGCCGUGUCCUUGUGUUGCUGCCAGCGCCUCUUUUUUUGGGUUUUUCUCAGAUUUUUCUUGUUUUUUUCCCCUCUUUUCCCAUAUUUUUUUUUUUUUACCCUCAUGUUACAAGGACCAGGAGCAGUUUCAGGAGGUUUUAUGUGCCUAUAUAUAUAUAUAUAUAUAUAUAUAUAUAAAUAUAAAGAUAUCUUA